GCUUUGACGGCUUCCGCGUUGCAACUUCUUUUGCCGUUCUGCGUUCAUCUAAAGUGGUGGUAGUGCUAUACCUAGCGAGGCAACCGCUGGAAAGACUUGCGAGAUCUGCGCUCUGAUUAUCUUCUCAUAUCGGCCACUACGAGUCUUUUGUUACCAAAGAUGGCUGCUCUAGGGGAUGACCUGUUGCGUGUCGUCAAUCAGCUUCAGGACUUGGUUUUUAACACCAUCGGCUCGGAUUCUCUCGAUCUCCCGCAAAUCGUUGUCGUCGGAUCCCAAUCAGCCGGUAAAUCGUCUGUGCUCGAGAACAUUGUUGGGAGAGACUUUCUCCCAAGAGGAAGUGGCAUUGUGACCCGACGGCCGCUGAUCUUGCAAUUGAUCAAUGUCGAAGAGGAUGAGUCUGAGCCGGAUGCGCAUGCUGCGUAUAGAAAUCCCACGCAGGCGCGUCGUUCCGAGUGGGCUGAGUUUCACCACAUUCCAAGUCGUCGCUUUACCGACUUCGGCGAUGUAAAGCGCGAAAUUGAAAAUGAAACGUCUAGGGUUGCCGGUACCAAUAAGGGCAUUAACAGGCAACCCAUCAACCUCAAAGUCUACUCGCCACAUGUACUGAACUUAACCUUGGUUGAUCUCCCGGGUCUGACAAAAGUGCCUAUCGGCGAUCAGCCAGCAGAUAUCGAAAAACAAACGCGAACUUUGAUAUCCGAGUACAUUGCAAAGCCGAACAGCAUCGUUCUCGCGGUCUCUCCUGCAAACGUGGACAUUGUCAAUUCAGAAGCGUUGAAGCUCGCUAGACAUGUGGACCCUCUAGGCCGUAGAACAAUCGGAGUGCUGACGAAAGUAGAUCUUAUGGAUCAUGGAACAAACGCACUCGAUAUUCUGUCCGGCCGGGUAUAUCCGCUAAAGUUGGGGUUUGUAGGAGUGGUCAACCGGUCACAACAAGACAUCCAGGGCAACCGACCAAUGGAAGAAGCUCUCAAAGCGGAAUCAGAGUUCUUUCGCCAUCAUCCAGCAUACCGGAACAUUGCAGCGCGGUGUGGAACUCAAUUCUUAGCCAAGACGCUUAAUCAAACGCUCAUGGCUCACAUUCGGGAGCGUCUACCGGACAUAAAAGCCCGCCUUAAUACUCUAAUGGGCCAGACACAACAAGAACUCGCGAGCUAUGGGGAUAUGCACUUCAGUGGAAAAGAGCAUCGUGGUUCUAUGAUUCUUCAAUUAAUGACACGCUUCGCUACCUCAUUCAUCUCGUCUAUUGAUGGUACCUCAACCGAGAUCUCCACUAAAGAGCUAUCCGGAGGUGCCCGGAUUUACUACAUCUUUAACUCUGUUUUUGGCAGCUCCUUAGAAUCGAUCGACCCUACUUCAAAUCUGUCCGCUCUGGAUAUCAGAACUGCCAUCCGUAACUCUACUGGUCCACGCCCCAGUUUGUUCGUUCCCGAAAUGGCCUUUGACUUACUCGUGAAGCCCCAGAUCAAGCUACUUGAAAUGCCAAGUCAGCGUUGCGUCGAGCUUGUUUAUGAGGAACUGAUCAAGAUAUGCCACACCUGCGGUUCAACGGAACUAUCACGUUAUCCAAGACUUCAGGCCAAACUUAUCGAAGUCGUUUCGGAUUUACUGAGAGAAAGACUGGGGCCUGCGUCAUCUUAUGUGGAAUCUCUCAUCUCGAUCCAACGUGCAUAUAUAAACACAAACCAUCCCAACUUUUUGGGGGCCGCUGCUGCUAUGAGUCACGUUGUCGGCGCUAAACAGGAGCGCGAGAGGAAGAAGCUCAUCCAGGAGGAAAGGAAUCGACGGGAGAAGAGACGACUCAAAGAAUUAGGUACCAAUGGCACUGAUCCUCAGGAAGAAGAGGAGGAAGCGGCCCAUGGGGGAGUUGAGUUAUCACAUCCUCGGAAACAUCUGCAAAAGGGCUCUCGGAGUAUGUCGCCAGCUGUUCGGGAGAACGGGCCCGGAAGUAUCGUGGCAGGUAUGAAUGGUAUACGGCCAAAUUCUCCUGCUCCCUUCAGCACUCAAUCCACUGGUAAUACUCGAGACUCAUUCUUGACGUACUUCUUCGGGAAGGAUGGUACGAACCAACCGUCAGGGGCUGGUCUUCCCUCACCGCUCCCGCGUCAUGUUAGCCAAGUAUCGGAACCAACUUUUAGCCAGAGUAUCCGACGUGGCGAAGAUAAACUCCCAUAUCGACCUACCUCUUCUCUGGCUCAUGAUGAAGAGAGCCUUGCAAGCCCCGAGGCUGGUGGGUUUGGCCUAGUUCAACAAAUGGCCGACAACGUGGAGCCAGCUCUCACCGAGCGUGAGGCUAUGGAAACGGAGCUCAUUCGUGCACUUAUAUCUUCUUAUUUCAACAUCGUCCGGGAAUCGAUCGCAGAUCAAGUUCCCAAGGCUGUAAUGCAUCUCCUUGUAAACCACUGCAAGGAUGUUGUGCAAAAUCGGCUUGUCAGUGAUCUGUACAAAGAGAGUCUGUUUGAAGAGUUGUUGUACGAAGACGACGGCGUCAAGAAGGAGCGAGAAAAGUGUGAGAAGUUACUGCAGACGUACAGGGAAGCGGCGAAGAUCAUUGGUGAAGUCAUAUAAAAGUGAGGAC